AUGCGGCUCAAGGAGCGCUCGCUGCGCCAGGACCCCGACCUGCGCCAGGAGCUGGCCCUGCUGGCUCGCGGCUGUGACUUCGUGCUGCCCUCCCGCUUCAAGAAGCGGCUCAAGGCCUUCCAGCAGGUCCAGGUCCAGACCAAGAAGGAAGAGCCGCUGCCCCCUGCGUCCAGCCAAAGCAUUCCAGCAUUCUACUUUCCCCGGGGCCGCCCGCAGGGCUCCAGCCAUGUGGACGCUGUCAUCUCCCGCAUCGAGGCCACCUUCGCCCAGUUCCCGCAGGAGAGGGCCACGCUGGACGACAUGGGCCGGGUGGCCAAGGCCUGUGGCUGCCCGCUGUACUGGAAGGGUCCACUCUUCUACGGCGCUGGGGGCGAGCGCAGGGGCUCCGUGUCUGUCCACAAGGUCAUCGCCAUGUGGAGGAAGAUCCUGCAGAACUGUCACGACGACGCAGCCAGGUUCGUGCACCUGCUCAUGAGCCCCGGGAGCAACUACCUCGUGCAGGAGGAUUUCGUGCCUUUUCUCCAGGACGUGGUGAACACGCACCCUGGCCUGUCCUUCCUCAAGGAGGCGUCCGAGUUCCACUCACGGUACAUCACCACGGUCAUCCAGCGGAUAUUCUACACCGUGAACCGGUCCUGGUCGGGACGCAUCACGUGCGCGGAGCUCAGGAAGAGCACCUUCCUGCAGAACGUGGCCCUCCUGGAGGAGGAGACGGACAUCAACCAGCUGACUGAGUUCUUCUCCUACGAGCAUUUUUACGUCAUUUACUGCAAGUUCUGGGAGAUCGACACUGACCACGACCUGCUCAUCGACCCCGAUGACCUGGCGCGGCACAACGACCACGCCAUAUCUCUGAAGAUGGUGGAGCGGAUCUUCUCCGGGGCAGUGACCAGAGGCCGGAAGGUGCAGAAGGAGGGCAGGAUCAGCUAUGCGGACUUUGUGUGGUUUCUCAUCUCGGAGGAGGACAAGACCACCCCCACCAGCAUCGAGUACUGGUUCCGCUGCAUGGACCUGGACGGGGACGGCGUGCUGUCCAUGUACGAGCUGGAGUACUUUUACGAGGAGCAGUGCCGCCGGCUGGACAACAUGGCCAUCGAGGCCCUGCCCUUCCAGGACUGCCUCUGCCAGAUGCUGGACCUGGUGCGGCCGAGGACCCCAGGUAAGAUCACCCUUCAGGACCUGAAGCGCUGCAAGCAGGCCAGCGUGUUCUUUGACACCUUCUUCAACAUCGAGAAGUACCUGGACCGAGAGCAGAAGGAGCAGGUGUCCCUGCUCAGGGACGGUGACGCGGAGGGCCCCGAGCUUUCUGACUGGGAGAAGUACGCGGCCGAGGAGUACGACAUCCUGGUGGCCGAGGAGGCCGCGGGGGACCCCUGGAACGACGGGUACGACCCUGAGCUCAGCCCCGUGGACCCGAAGCUGCGACCACAGCUGGACACGAGGCCCUUCCUGGACGCGCCGGGCGCCAUGGACCUGUACGAGGCCGAGGACGGGCCGCAGCUGCUGUGA